UAAUGGUCAAUGUUGAACGUCCAAUGAGAUUUUUGUGCAACAUUCUGCACGUCAGAGUUAGAAGACAUUUCAACAUUCAGCACUAGGCAAUUUUCGGGGGAGUCCAGGUCAAUCUUGAACAUCAAAUGAGAUUUCCUUUGUGUUGCACACUACUCCGGUCCCUUCUAGCUCUAUUAUUGAUGCUAGAUUAUUGUGCGUCCAUGGAUUCACUGAACCAAUCCCAACCGAUGAGUGAGGGCGAGACGUUAAUCUCCGCCGGUGGAAAGUUCGAGCUGGGGUUUUUCAGCCCAGACAACUCUUACAAGCGUUAUCUUGGGAUUUGGUUCUAUAAUAUCCCAAGUAGAACGAUUGUUUGGGUUGCAAAUAGAAAUAAACCCCUCGAUGGCUCACGGGGUCUUUUGAAGAUUGAGCAUGGGACUCUUGUCAUCCAAGACAACUCCGGACGAGUGAUUUGGUCAUCGAAUACUCUGAAUCAGUCCUCAAGCAGCACAAUCGCAAAGCUCCUUGAUUCAGGAAACUUGGUUUUGAAAUAUGAUAACUCAGAAAGUUAUCUCUGGCAGAGUUUUGAUCAUCCCACCGAUACGUUGUUGGCGGGAAUGAAAAUUGGUUGGGACUUUAAGGUUGGGAUGGAGUGGCAACUUACGUCAUGGACGAGUGCAGAGGAUCCUUCUCAGGGACAGUUCUCUUACAGAAUGGAUCCCCAUGCACCGCAGGCCAAGAUGCUCGAGGGCAACAUUACGCUGUACAGGAGCUUUAUUCAUUUUGGCAGUAUCCGUACAUCUUUAGACAAAGUCUUCAUUCCGAUAUUGGUAUAUAAUUCUCAGGAAGCGUACAAAACAUAUGAUCUCCGUGACCAGAAAACCUUGUCGAGGUAUCUUGUAAAUUACACUGGCAAGCUUCAACAUUACAUAUGGAACAGCCAAGCACUCAAUUGGAUGCAGUUAUAUGAGUUCCCAGGCGAUUCAUGUGAUGAGUAUGCAAAAUGCGGUCCUAACGCAGUCUGUAUCACAGUGAAUACAGUUGCAACUUGCAAAUGCCUUCCCGGCUACGUGUCCAAAUCAUCUCAGGAAUCUGACAUGCUCAACCUAUGGUACUCAGGCGGUUGUACAAGGAAAAGCCCGCUUAACUGUUCGGUUCCAGAAGCUUUUGAACAGAUGAAGCGGGUAAAGUUGCCCGACCUUUUGCAGUUUGAGAUCAACAGUAGCAUGAACCUUAAGGAAUGUGAGAAAGUGUGCUUGAGGAAUUGUUCUUGCAAUGCUUAUGCGAGCAGUAGUGACAGCAGAAGUAGGAGAGGCUGUGGCUUUUGGUUUGGAGAUCUUCUGGACAUAAGAGAAGUUAAUAAUGACGAUGGGAAUGAUAUACUUUUCAUUCGGGUUGUAGCAUCAGGGCAAGGUUCCAUGAGGAAGAGGUGGGUGAUUGCUGCAACGGUGGUUCUGUCAGUCUCUUCUGCAAUAUUGUGUUCAUGGGCUACUUGGAGAAGAAGAAAAGGCCAAGGGGUAAGAUUUGAUGCUCAUGAUAGAGGAGAGGAGAAUUUUGAAUUACCCACGUUUGAUGCUGCCAUGAUUUCACAAGCAACUAACGGUUUUUCUGGUUCCAACAAGAUAGGAGAGGGAGGUUUCGGACCAGUUUACAAGGGUGAGCUCCCAAACGGGCAAGAAAUCGCUGUCAAGAGACUUUCAGAGACUUCUAGGCAAGGCCUCAAUGAGUUCAAAAAUGAGGUCAUGCUUAUUGCAAAACUUCAGCACCGAAACCUCGUGAAACUUUUGGGAUGUUGCAUUGAAGGAGAAGAGAGGAUGUUAGUGUACGAGUACAUGCCUAACGGAAGCUUGGACACCUUUAUAUGCAAUACAACUGGAGGAAGUUGUUUAGUGUGGAGGAGGAGAUUUAACAUCAUUGUAGGAGUGGCUAGAGGACUUCUUUAUCUUCACCGAGAUUCAAGGUUGACGAUUAUCCACCGGGACCUUAAAGCUAGCAAUGUGUUGUUGGAUAGGAAGAUGAACCCGAAAAUAUCAGAUUUUGGCAUGGCCAGGACAUUUGGGGAGGAGCAGUUCUUAGAGAAAACCAAAAGAAUAGUCGGCACAUAUGGCUACAUGUCACCGGAAUACGCCGUUGAUGGGAUAUUCUCAAUAAAGUCAGAUGUCUUUAGCUUUGGAGUGCUUGUCCUCGAAAUAGUUUGUGGCAGAAGGAACAGAGAGUUUCACCAUCCCGACCACCAUUUCAAUCUUAUUGGGCAUGCGUGGAAACUAUGGGUCGAGGGGAAAGCUCAGGAGUUGAUAGAUGAACAGAUGGAGGAUUCUUUCCCUCUUUCGGAAGUUAUGAGAUGCAUACAAGUUGGGCUCUUGUGUGUACAAAAAUGUCCUGAAGAUAGACCGACCAUGUCUUAUGUGCUUCUGAUGCUGGACAGCGAGAGUGCAACGCUUCUUCCGCCCAGGGAACCGGGCUUCUACCUGGAAAGGAUCCCUUAUGGAAAAAGCAUCAUAAUAAAUAGAGCAGAGUACAGUGCAAAUGAGAUUAGUGAAACUCUAUUGGAAGGUCGUUAGAGUUGGAAAGGAUCUUUUGUUUUUUCCUAUUGGCAGGGAAAAGAUUUACCUCGGUGCAGACUAAACUGAAUAACUUUUACCGAUCCUAGUGCUCUAUUGGGUUGAGUCGAUUUUGAGUACGAUGCGUGUUAAGAAUUUGGUGGCCAUAUCCAACUCGGUUCUAACAAAUGAGAGCUUCCAUACCGAUGCCAAAAUAUGGCCAGACUGAUUGACAUUGAAGGUCAAAAGGUCCCCAGGUCAACUUUCUGCUAUGGCAUGUAUAAUUAGGUUCCAAAUUAGGGUGUGCAUGGAUACCGGGUUUACCCGGAACCGGUUGGAAUCUAUCCGUUAGGGUAGGGUCUGGGUAACUCCAAUUGAAGAUAAGGUAGAGUCCGGGCAGUAAUUUAAAGAAUUGAUGAAAAUAGGUUCCGGUUUUGGUUCUAACAUACAUGGUACCAAUGGAACCAGUACCCAGGACCUGUAUUUUUUUUCUAAAAAAAUUAUUUUGUACUUGCAUAAUUCUCUAUGUGCGAUGUAGUAGCUACAUAAUCCUAAGGAGAGCUUAUUUGCUUUGUCUACCAAGAACAGUUACAUCAUCUUCUUUUUGCUAAAUAGCUACAUAAUCUUUUAGUUGUGUUUUUGCGUUGUCUAUUAUGUAAUUCUUAGGAGAGCUGCAUAAUCAUUUAGUUCUGUGGAUGGAUGUGAUCCGAUUAAUCUAUGUCGACAUUUAUUUGUUUUACGUGAUUGUGAAUGAGAUCUUUCAAUUUUAGUUAUUUAUUUCAUUUGCUGUGCUUGAGAAAAAAAAUUCCAAGUUCCAACAUGGUACCCGGAACCUGUAGUAUAAUUCCGAUUCCGAUUCCAGGUUCCACACACCCAUAGGUUCCAUUACUUAGCCUUGCAGACUUCUCGUCCAAUGAAGCUUCUGCAGUCCUCUGCUUUCUUCCAGCCACCGUUAGCUUCUUCCUCAGCUUAAGCUUGACCGGCAUUUUGGAGAUUUGAGAUUAAUCAAGGAUUCAAAUUACUAUUUUGCGGAUUCCCUCAAUUUGUAAUUUGCAUAUUCUGGGAAUUUUUUGUUGAUAAGUUUAUUAUGGGAUUUGUGAGGUGUGAGACCUGACAUUUUAAAUGCAAAUAGCAUACAUAUACAUAUACUUACAUAUGCUUUUUAUGGCUGAAGCAAAAAAAAAAUUGGUGGCAUGGGCUCCACAUUUACCCAUUCCACCGCCAUCCAUUCCAUUUCUUUUGUUUGUUUCUUUUUCUUUCCUUGUCCUGUUUUAGAUGGAGAAGAAUCGAGAAACAAAGCACGAGAGGGAAAGAGAGAGAGAGAGACAAAGACAGAGACAAAGAGAGGGUUGAGCGAAAUGAAGAGGAAGGGGAAGAGAAUAAUAGCUUCGGGAAGCUUCCGAAUAGAGCUUGAGCUCUGAUAUUUUCUUACCUAAAUCAAGACUCGAGUAGAGCAGCAGGUAGGAAUUGAGCAGAGGGAAGAGAAAGAGAAGGCUAGGCCUGGAAUUAUGGUUUGGGGCUGAGGACACCAAUAUUGUGCAUCCUGAAGGUCAAAUUUGAUGAACCAUUUUGGGUGUUCGAGCCGAAUUUUGUCUCGUCGAGGCCCGCAUGCGUGGACACAAUCGCAUGGCUUGGGAGUGUCCACUUUCCCGUGGGGACGCGUGACGGACACGCGUGAGAAGAAGUCACCACUUGCCAUUUUACGACCCAAAGAUCGAGGGUCAGCAAGUUACCCAGGCGUAGGAUACGGGGUACACCUAGUUGCUAAGGCAUUGAUCUUGUGGAACCGAAAAUUCCAAAUCCGAUGACUCUAUUACGUGCGGACCUAUAUCCCGCACGCCCUUUCGGUACUCUGUUUGUCUAGGAUUUGCCAUUUUAUUUCAUUUACCUCGUGAAUUAGGUUGCACACUCAUCACCCGUUUUGACACCGUAACUUCGAUGAAACACUCAGACCUUUUGCUCACUGACCGAGGUCUUUACAAUGACUGAAUGAAAAUACAGAAAAUAUCCUUA